AUGCCAACAUGGACAUCGUCACUGCCCUCGACUGUGGCUAGUGCACCAUCACAUGAAGGAUACCCUGACCCAAGCCGCAGGAAGAUUAAGUUCAAAGGCGACGACUCGUCACCAGCAUCCUUCGAAAAGACCCUGUCCGCGCUGUCAUCCAAGAUCACCACCUCGCAGGCGCACCUCGACCGUCUUCACACCAACUCGCGCCGCGUAAAGGUCCUAUGGACGCUGUACCUGGGCUUUGCGUACCUCGUGUACGCGAUUGUGCUGCUUCUGGUGGUCGGAUACAGGAAUCUGGGCGCCUAUGAAUGGACUGGCAUGGCUGGAGGUCCCAUCCUAAUAUACGCAACCCGCACCCUCAUAACCACAUACUUCACCUUCCGCAUCGACUCCCUCACCACCCGCCUCAAAGCCCACCAACAAGAACGCGCCAACACGAUCCAAAAGCUCAAAGACGCUACAAAAUACGACUCCACAAUGGAACUCAUCGAAAAGUACGGCGGCGAAAACAAACCGAAACCCAAAAAGAACGAACCCAAGGAAGACUCGCCCAAGGACGCAAAGAAACAUCCCCAACCGCAACCGGGACGAACGAACCUCCCUCCCCCGCCGACUGCCAACAUCGUCCGUCCAGAGGCACAGCAGCAGCAGCAGAAACAAGAACAACAAAAUGCCGAAGUUGGCGCAGAGUUCGCACCCAAUGCAUUCACUCAUCCUCCGCCGCCUCCUCCCCGCACAAAUAACCAGUACAUGACGCCCGAGACACACUGGUACGAUCGUAUAUUCGACGUCCUGCUAGGUGAAGACGAGACAGCCGCCAAGAACCGCUUCGCAUUGAUAUGUGAUUCGUGCCGACUCGUCAAUGGGCAAGCUCCCCCUGGUACUAAGAGUCUAGGCGAGGUAGGCAUGUGGCGCUGCAUGGGGUGCGGCGCUACCAACGGCGAGGUUGAUGAGGGGAAGAGGAUCAUAGAGGAGGUGCUCGCUAAGAGUGGUGAAGAGGAUCCUAUUGAGGAGGUUGAUGAAGAAGAACCUGAUGAGGUUGCGACGGGGACAGGAACAGGGACAGAUUCACCGGCUGAUUCUGUAAAGGCAAGACGGAGGAAUAAGACUUGA